UGCUCCAGUGCGCGCGCGCGGACCGUCCGAGUGGUAUCAAAUUACGAGGGUGCACACUAGAGCGGAGGAAGGGCAUCACAACUACACAAGUCAUGCCCAAUAAAACCAAGAAGGAGAAGGCUCCUUGCAAGAAUGCCGUUGGGGCGAAGAAUUCCGGAAAAGAAGGAGGGGAGAACUCAGAGGAGGCUAACAGAAACCGUGCGGCGACCAACAACGUCCCCCCUCCCACCCAGCUCACCAAAAUCAAGCUGACCGGCGGACAACAACAUGUGGUCAAGAAGGACAAGCGACAGAGCUCCUCCAGGUUCAACAUCAGCAAGAACAGGGAGCUACAGAAGCUACCAGCGCUCAAGGAUGCGAGACCAGAGGAGCGGGAGGACCUGUUUGUGCAGAAGCUGAGACAGUGCUGCGUCGUGUUCGACUUCGUGAACGACCCCCUGAGCGACCUGAAAUGGAAGGAGGUGAAGAGAGCGGCGCUGAACGAGAUGGUGGAGUACGUGACCCACAACAGGGGCGUCAUCACAGAGGCCGUGUAUCCAGAGGCAGUCAAUAUGUUCUCAAUAAACGUGUUCCGUACGCUGCCGCCUACAUCCAACCCUAACGGAGCAGAGUUUGACCCAGAGGAAGAUGAACCCACACUAGAAGCUGCGUGGCCACAUUUACAGAUUGUUUAUGAGUUCUUCCUGAGGUUCUUGGAGUCUCCUGACUUCCAGCCAAACACAGCCAAGAAGUACAUAGACCAGAAGUUUGUUUUACAGCUGUUGGACCUGUUCGACAGUGAAGACCCCAGGGAGCGGGAUUUCUUGAAAACGACGCUGCAUCGCAUCUAUGGCAAAUUCCUCGGGCUCAGGGCUUACAUCAGAAAACAGAUCAAUAACAUAUUUUAUAGGUUUAUAUAUGAAACAGAACACCACAACGGCAUAGCAGAACUUCUAGAGGUCUUGGGAAGUAUAAUCAAUGGGUUUGCGCUGCCGCUGAAGGAGGAACAUAAGGUGUUCCUACUGAAGGUCCUGCUGCCCCUCCACAAGGUCAAGUCUCUCAGUGUGUACCAUCCGCAGCUGGCCUACUGUGUAGUCCAGUUCCUAGAGAAGGAUGCUAGUCUUACAGAACCAGUAAUAAUGGGGCUGCUAAAGUUCUGGCCAAAGGUCCAUAGUCCAAAGGAGGUAAUGUUCCUAAAUGAAUUAGAGGAAAUCCUAGACGUGAUCGAGCCCUCUGAGUUUCAGAAGGUCAUGGGCCCCCUCUUCAGACAGCUGGCUCAGUGUGUCUCCAGUCCACAUUUCCAGGUAGCAGAACGGGCGUUGUAUUACUGGAAUAAUGAGUACAUAAUGAGUUUGAUCAGUGACAAUGCUCAGGUCAUCCUUCCCAUCAUGUUUCCAGCUCUCUACAAGAACUCCAAAACACACUGGAACAAGACAAUCCAUGGCCUGAUCUACAAUGCUUUAAAGCUGUUUAUGGAGAUGAACCAGAAGUUGUUUGACGACUGUACCCAACGGUACAAAGCCGAGAGACAAAAAGAAAAAGAAAAGGUUAGGGAAAGAGAAGAGGCUUGGGAUAGGAUAGAACACAUAGCUCAGACCAAUCCUAUGUACGGCGGGUAUCUUGAAAACUCUAGGCUACCGAAUUCCCCUGGCAGCAGCGGGUCCGUUGCCAUGGAAACAGACACCUAUGAUGAUGCGGAGCUGUCCUUAGACAAAAUGAAUGACAGAGGACAGGCUGGAGUCAGUAGGGGUAAAGAUUUGAAGAAGAUGCUGCCGCGCCGGAAGUCAGAGCUCCCCCAUGACUCCCUGACCAUGCGAGCUUUGUCUGAUCACAAACGUGCCGACGAUUACCUCACUACCUCCCCCGAAACCAGCUGAACGCCCAGUCUGUCUGCAUGUUAUACAGGCUCUUAUCCUUCUUGAUUAUUUUCUUGCAUUGUAAUUGUCGCAGGUUCCCUCAGAAACAUUUCGUACGGUAGCAUUCCGCCACUCGUACCACAGUAGUGUGUACUCCUUUGUUGACCGUCACGCACCAUAGUUAAUACCUAGUCUGGUUUCUGUAGUGGGAACAGGAGUUGUUGGAACAAACCCUGGCCUCUUAUGUGUUAGUUUCUGUGCCCUUUAUGAGUAAUGUUUUUGUCCCUGAAAUUUGUCUAUGUAUGUGUACAUAUAAGAUGUCCGUGGAAUAAAAGAACCUAAUUUUCUUGCCAGUAACUGUAACCUUAUGAUUAUCAUUGCAGUGAGCUUGAGUUCCACUAUGUAUCUGUUUCAUUUACUGUCGUUCAGAGCCAAGCCAGUUCAUUUUUUUCAAUCACAUGAUAAUAGUCCUGAUUAAUACUUGUAACCCAAGUGUUGUUAUACAAUGUGAUAACCAUUACCUUGAGAUAUUAUUUUCUUCAACCUCUGUCAUUGUUUCUAAAAUGGUAUCAGUCAAAAGUCUGUGAUUCUGAUUUUCUGUAAUGCCUUAGUUUCCCCCAUAUGGUUUCUGUACAGUGUAGUUUGUAUGGCAUGCCAUGUGGGCUUUUCAAAUACAAAAGAUUAUGGAGAGAGUAGUGGAGCAACAGACUCUUGAGUACAGUGCCACAGUAUGUUCUAAAGAGGAUAUGUAAUAGAGACUCUGAUAGCCACCAUAUAUUGUACUCCUCCCAGCACUCCCUUCAAGCUAAAGAAAGUAUAGCUGCUUAUAAGAUAGUAGAUAAGGGCCAGUGUUUGCCUUUCAGAAGGACUGGUACAAGAAUGAUGUAGCUCCAUGUACAUGUACUUAGCUAUAGCACAUUGACAAGAUGUGUGAACACUUUCCUAAGACAAUUUAUUAUCAGUUUUUUUUUGUAAAGAAAGAUACAACUGAGGAAUAACAACUAGGGCUCUUCUGCUAAAAGUCAUGAUUGUGUAAUGUGUACAAACCUUUGGCCUGGCAAUUCUGAAAGGUAGAAAAAUAUUUUUAAAAUGUUUGUAUUGAUGACACUGCAUCUCAAAGGUUUGUAUCGAUUGAAUAUUGUAUAUUGUAUGCACAGUAGGUGAGAAGGAGUAGGGAGGAAAAGAAAGCAAAUGUUGUUAUUCCUCAGGUUUAUUUGACAUACCCUUUAACAGCUCAGAAUGUGAGGAGUGAAAAA